CAAACUACUGAUGAUGAUGAUGAUGAUUCAUUUUGGUUUUACCUUCUUGUCAAAAAUUCAGAAAAAAGGAGAAGCGGCAUAUUCCAUUGGGUCAAACAGAUAUGCCAAACUUCACAAAACAAACCCAGUGGAAGUCAAACACUGCCUCCUCCUAACCUUUUUCUCCAUCAUAACAAAGCUGGUGGCCAUUAAAGAUGACAUACCCACUACUUUAGAUGGUCCAUUUGAGCCUGUAACUCGUCGUUUCGAUCAAUCUCUGCGUCGGGGUAGCGACGACUUGCCAAUGGAUCAUCCUAGACUCAAAAGGAAUGUCACCUCUAUGUACCCAGAACAGAUAGCGCUUGCAAUUUCCACACCAUCCUCGAUGUGGGUUUCUUGGGUUACUGGUAAAGCUCAAAUUGGUUCUAAUGUUACUCCGCUUGAUCCUUCUUCAAUUUCCAGCGAUGUUUGGUAUGGGAAAGCAAGUGGAAAGUACACGAUGAAACGAAGAGGGAAUGCAACAGUUUAUAGUCAAUUGUAUCCGUUUGAGGGCCUCUUGAACUACACCUCUGGCAUCAUACACCAUGUGAGGAUUGACGGUCUUGAACCUGGAGCAAGGUAUUAUUACAAGUGUGGGGAUGGCUCA